AUGGAUCCCGAUCGAGCUGUGGCAGACAAUGUAGAAAGUAAUGUGCUGGCUCUCACCCAAGGGAUGGUGCCAGUUGAGAGUAGACCCGUAACUCGAACUAACCAAAAAAAGAGGAAAGCUGAGUCUGAGGCUAGAGAUGCAAGAAAGAGACUGAUGGGUAAGUCGUUCCAUUCACAGUCUAAGAAAUCUAGAGAGAUGCAUUCUCAUUCUCAUGCUUUAGUUGGGUUCUCAAAUAUAGACCGUGAGAAUCAGUAUUCGGGUUAUAAAGCCCAGACUAGUUCUAUUGCGAGCAUUGGUAAUCGACCCAAUAGAUCUGGAUACCCACAUUGUGGAAGAUGUCACCUCGACAAGUGCCGAAUGAAUGGCCGAGCUUGUUUCAAGUGUGGUUUCCAAGAUCACUUCAUUAAAGACUGCCUUGAGAUGACUUAA